CGUGCCAAAAAAAAAACCAACCUCUGGGACGAAGGAGAGGUGAAAAUACGGGAACUCCUCAUUGGGGACAGUUAAAACAUCCAGCUUUGGAAUAUGGACUAGAAGCGGCGAGUCGGAGCAGAUGGAGGCGGCGAGAAGUUUGGUCUUUGUCGGGGUCGUGCUGCUCGGAGUGACGGGCGCGCUGGGCAGAGAAGUGUGCCUGGGUACAGAUAUGAAGCUGGCCCUGCCCUCCAGCCUGGAAAACCACUACGAGACCCUGAGGCUGCUCUACACUGGCUGCCAGGUUGUCCACGGCAACUUGGAGAUUACACACCUUCAUGGAAACCCUGACCUCUCCUUCCUGCAGGGGAUCGUGGAAGUGCAGGGGUAUGUCCUUGUAGCCCACGUGUCAGUGGGUUUGGUGCCUUUGGACAACCUUCGGAUUAUCCGAGGCAGCCAGCUGUACAACUCCAGCUAUGCCCUGGCUGUGCUGGAUAACACUCUUAAUGGACAGGGGCUUAGGACGCUCCGGCUUCGUAGCCUCACAGAGAUCCUGUUGGGUGGGGUGUACAUUUGGGGGAACCCCCAGCUGUGUUUCCCAGACCCUGAGAACAUUGUUUGGAGGGACACGUUGGAUGAGCAGAACUUCCACGCCAAGCAGCACCGGCUGCAGCCCCGGGCCUCUAAAUGUCCAAAUUGUUCCUCUGCAUGUGUGAAAGGCUGCUGGGGAGAAACUGCAAAGGACUGCCAAACCUUGACCCGUAUUAAUUGUGCGUCUGGCUGUCAGCGGUGUAAAGGUCUGCUGCCCAAUGACUGCUGUCACAUGCAGUGUGCUGCUGGAUGCACAGGACCCAAAGACUCGGACUGCCUGGCGUGUCGUCACUUCAACGACAGCGGUGUGUGUAAGGAGAACUGUCCUCCACCCACUAUCUACGACCCUGUCACCUUUCAGACCAAACCCAACCCAAACAAGAAGUUCAACUUUGGAGCCACCUGUGUCAAGACGUGUCCCUAUAACUACCUAGCUAUGGAAGUAGCGUGUACUUUGGUUUGUCCCAAAGCCAACCAGGAAGUCAUCAUCACCCAGCCCGAUGGAAACGAGGUGCAGAAAUGUGAAAAGUGUGAAGGAGACUGUCCCAAAGUGUGUUAUGGUCUGGGUAUGGACAACCUUGGUGUCAUGGAUAACCAUGGCAUCACCAUGGUAACAUCUUCUAAUGUGGAGCAGUUCAACAAGUGUAAGAAGAUUUUUGGCAGUCUGGCUUUCCUCCCUCAGAGCUUUGCAAGGGACCCUGUGACCAACACAUCAGGCCUGACUCUGGAGCAGCUGAGUUCCUUCAAGAAACUGGAGGAGCUUACAGGUUACUUGUACAUUGAUGCCUGGCCUGAAGAGUGGACUGACCUGAGUGUAUUUGAAAACCUGAAGGUGAUCCGGGGCCGGAUGCUCUACAAGGGUGUGUUUUCACUUGCCAUCCAAAAUCUCCACAUCCAGUCGCUUGGGUUGCGUUCACUACGCAGCGUCAGUGGAGGUUUGGUCCUGCUGCACAACAAUUCCCAGCUGUGCUACACCAGUUCACUGCCCUGGGAGAGUCUCCUGCAUCCCACCCAGGGGCCCCACCGCAUCGUCAACCACAACCAGGACCCUAAAGUCUGUGAUGCAGAAGGGCACAUUUGUCACCCACUGUGUGAUGGGGGCUGUUGGGGGCCCGGGCCCGGCCAGUGUGUGUCCUGCAAAGCUUUCCGACGUGGCACAGAGUGUGUGGAGCAGUGCGACAUCUAUCAGGGAGCUAUACGUGAAUACACAGACGGAUCUUUGUGUGUUGCCUGUCACACAGAGUGUCGGCCUCUCAACGGCUCUGCCUCCUGUCACGGCCCGGGUGCAGAACAUUGCACAGAGUGUCGAAACUUCCAGGACGGUGAGUUCUGUGUGGACCAUUGUCCGAGCGGUGUGAAGGAGGAUCAGCAAACUGUGUGGAAGUACAACAAUGCGACAGGACACUGUCUGCCCUGCAGCACCAACUGCACACUGUCCUGCACUGUGAUGGAUGACAGAGGCUGCCCCAUUGAUACCAGAACAGGACCGGGUACGACCAUCGCGGCUGCAGUGGGUGGGGUGGUGCUCUUCUUCAUCCUGCUGGCUCUGCUGGUCUUCUACCUGAAGAGGCAGAAGAAGCUGAGGAGGAAGGAGACCAUGAGGAGGAUCCUGCAGGAACAUGAGCUGGUGGAGCCUCUUACACCAAGUGGUGCGUCACCCAAUCAGGCUCAGAUGCGAAUCCUAAAGGAAACCGAGCUGAAAAAACUCAGGGUGUUGGGUGCAGGGGCCUUUGGUACUGUUUUCAAGGGAGUGUGGGCUCCUGAUGGGGAAAAUGUGAAAAUACCAGUGGCUAUUAAGGUAUUACGAGAGAACACUUCGCCAAAGGCCAAUAAAGAAAUCCUUGAUGAGGCUUACGUGAUGGCGGGGGUUGCCAGUCCUUACGUGUGUCGUCUUCUGGGAAUCUGUCUGACCUCCACGGUGCAGCUGGUCACUCAGCUGAUGCCGUACGGCUGCCUUCUUGACUACGUCAGGGAGAACAAGGACCACAUCGGCUCCCAGUUCCUCCUCAACUGGUGUGUCCAGAUUGCCAAGGGAAUGAGUUAUCUGGAGGAGGUCCGGCUGGUCCACAGAGAUUUGGCCGCCCGCAACGUUCUAGUGAAAAACCCAAAUCACGUGAAGAUCACCGACUUCGGCCUCGCCCGCUUGCUGGACAUAGACGAGACUGAGUAUCAUGCCGAUGGAGGGAAAGUGCCGAUUAAAUGGAUGGCUCUGGAGUCUAUUUUGCACAGGAAGUUCACUCAUCAGAGUGACGUCUGGAGCUACGGGGUGACAGUCUGGGAGCUGAUGACAUUCGGUGCGAAGCCCUAUGACAUGAUCCCGGCGAGGGAAAUCCCAGAUGUCUUGGAGGGAGGAGAACGCCUUCCCCAGCCCCUCAUCUGCACCAUCGACGUCUACAUGAUCAUGGUCAAAUGUUGGAUGAUUGACCCAGAGAGCAGACCGAAGUUCAAAAAUCUGGUGAAUGAUUUUAGCGUCAUGGCCAGAGAUCCUCCUCGCUAUGUAGUCAUUCAGAACGAUGAGCAGAUGAGCAUGUCCAGCCCAGUGGACAGCCAGUUUUUCCGGACGCUAAUGGAGGAGGAGGGGAACAAUAUGAGGGAACUGCUGGAUGCUGAGGAGUAUCUGGUGCCUCAGCCAAACCUCUUCCCGAGGACUCACGGAGACGGGGUUCACUCCAAUGGGCCAUCCAGACACCAGUCAUACAGGAGCAGAGAUCAGGGCUUAGAUGUUGAGCCCUCCAUCAUGGGCGGCCCACGGAGCAUGUACUCCUCCCUGAGCACUCUUGGCCGCAGCCAGUAUCCUACCCUACCAUUAGGAUCCAGCACCUCCAACGGCCUGUGGACUCCUCAGUACCCAACGCUGGCUCGCAGCCCCUCGUCCGGAGGCCAGUCCGACUCUGUCUUCCUGGACGGGCCUCCGGACGACCCCUCGUUGCCCCCGGGCAGCCCUGGGCGCUACAGUAAAGAUCCCACCUACCCCAAUGGGAGCCAGGGUGAUCUGGAGACAGACGGACCGAAUGGCUUUCAUCAUCCUCAUCACCUUCAUCACUCACUGCCCAGACGGAGUCAUGGGUAUAAUCAUAAUCAUGCCUUGCCAGAGUACGUCAACCAGGAGAUGCUGGAUCCCAGACCGGGAGUCCCCGAGCGGCCCAGCACGCUGCCUCGCAAAGGCUCCAGAGCAGACCGACGCCUCCCUAACGGCCUGAGCUCCGGUCACAGUGUGGAAAACCCAGGAUACUUGGUCACCGGGGUCUCUACCUCCCCAGCCUUUGAUAACCCGUACUAUCUGGACCUUGUGGCAAAAGCCAAAGCAGUAGCUGGGACAGGGGAUGAGAGAGACGGAGGAAUGCCCAGGCAUGUGAACGGGUUUAUGACCCCCACGGCAGAGAAUCCAGAGUAUCUGGGACUAGCAGACACCUGGAGUGGACAUACUUGAGGUGAAGGAACAGGGGUAAUGUGAUGAACUCACCAGGAGUCACAGAUUGUGCUCUACUGAGGUAAAAGAGGAGUGAGAGAAAGGGAAGAUGGAUAUUUGUGUGACAGAAAAUGACCUGGGUGUGUGUUUGACAUUGGGAAUGAGCAUGUGGAACCGAAUCUUCUCUCAAUAUCAAAUGAAGCACCCAAAAUCCAAACCAGCGGAGGAUGUCAGGCAAAAGUCACCAAAUGGCCCAGUUGUGGCAGACCAUGACUCAACACUGUGUAGCAUUCAUCUGGUGUCCGUGGCAUCAUUUGUAUUCCUGUCUUCCUCUCAGCAAUCUGCGACUGUUAAGUGCCAAAAAGAAGUUUACUCAGCCUCUGUAAAUAACUCAGUACUUGAUAAGCAAAGGAGUUCACAUUUGUGGAAACUCAUCGUGGUACGAGAAAGGUCUGAUUAUCACAGAAUCCAACAUUUGACUGGAUUCAUGAAUGCUGAUUUUUUUUUUUUUUUUUAAACUCUCAUUUUCUUUUAACUUGUUUAAUAUAUGUGGUUGUUUCUACAUGUGGAGCUUAAAUUCCCUCUCGUGUCCUGAUACACCACUCAGGCCCGCUAAAUAGAGAAAAACAUAUAGAGCACAUUGACAAAGUGAGCCAUGGUAUGCAUUGAAGAGUGUGUUUAGUAUUCUGGUCACUUUCUCCCGGACCUGAUGGGGGUCUUCAGUACACUCAAAGCCAUUUUGUUUUUGCCAGAGAAGGCCCUGCAGCCCAUCUGGCCAGUAGACAUGCUCCCAGAAAGAAAGGCAUCCUGUAUGGAGAAGACAGAGGCAUUGUGCCGCACUGAUGUAUGUGGUUGUUAGUGUCGGUGGCUGCAGCUUCUUUGUGGUACGACAGAUGAGAUAUGAGGUACAGGCAGACUUUUUAAGCUUCUCAAAUCUCACAAAUUAAAGUUUUGAUGGUAAAAACAUAGUGAAUAACUGAUUAAGAUAGAGAAAACCUUUCAGGGAUUGACAGUUUUGCAAAGAAUUAGGGAGAAUUAUUUGUGUAAUGAUGCAAAAUGCAUGUAAAGAUACUGUAUACGCCCCCCCAAGCUUGUGUUAUCAUAAUAGGCCUUUUGGUUUUUUGGUGACCGUUCACUGUGCAAGAAAGCAUACAAGCUAUUGGUAAAUAUAAUCCAAAGUAAGUGAAGAAUUAGCAUAUAUAAAAAGCAGUUGUGCUGUUUGUGUUUUUGUGUAAAAGUGAGCAAUGCACUGGACACUGGAGCUGA